UCUGAAUAAAGGCAUCGACUCACCCUUACGAUUUUUUUACUAUCUGUUUACCCUGUCAGAUAGGAGUUAUCAGUAUAUGGUUUUGUAUUUGUAUUUGCAUUAUAUCUUUUGUUAGAGGAAGCAACAAUGGAGAAUGCAAUAAAAAUCAUAGUAAAAUGGAGCGGAAAAGAGUACGAGAUCCUUGAUAUCUUGGAAUCUGACACGGUCCUUACAAUGAAAGAUCGUAUACACAAAGAAACAGGCGUCCGUCCAGAGCGUCAAAAAUUGUUGAACCUCAAAUUCAAAGGCAAAGCAGCGCAAGAUGAUGACAUUAUAGGAAAGCUAAGAUUAAAACCAGGUUUUAAAUUAAUGUUAAUGGGUUCUCGCGAAGAGGACAUAGCGGAAGUGAGUCGAGCUCCAGAAAAUAUGCCAGACGUAGUAAACGAUCUAGACAUAGAGGAAGAAGAAGUAGAAAUAGAAAAAGCCGAAGUAUAUUUGUUUAAAAUACAAAAGAGAAUUGAUCAUUAUACCAUCACAGAAUUGAAUCCUCUUAGGGAAGGCAAGAAACUUCUUGUACUUGACAUAGACUACACACUUUUCGAUCAUAGAUCAACAGCAGAAAGCGGAGCUGAAUUAAUGCGCCCAUAUCUUCAUGAAUUUUUAACGUGUGCUUACAAGAAUUAUGAUAUAGUCAUUUGGUCAGCAACCAGCAUGAAAUGGAUUAACGAGAAGAUGAAACUGUUAGGUGUAUCGAAUCAUCCAAAUUACAAAAUAGCAUUUCAUCUAGAUUCUCUUGCCAUGAUAUCUGUUCACACACCAAAAUAUGGAGUAGUAGGUGUUAAACCCCUAGGCAUUAUUUGGGGAAAAUAUAAACAAUUUUCAGCGAAGAAUACAAUAAUGUUCGAUGAUAUAAGAAGAAAUUUCAUCAUGAAUCCUCAAUCAGGAUUGCGAAUAAGACCUUUCAGACAUGCGCAUACAACUAGGAACAAAGAUAGAGAACUAUUAAAACUAUCUAAAUAUUUAGAAUUAAUAGCAAAGGUAGAUGAUUUUCAGACCUUAAAUCAUAGAAAAUGGGAAGAAUAUAAAGCAAAAAAACCGCACGAUAGAAGAGGAGAGAAGAGCGAUGAUGAAUAAAUAUCUUCAUUUAUUUUCAUUUAUUUGUAUCAGAUUUUACAUUUCAUUGAAACCUGAUGGAGAAAAAGAAGGAGAAUUCACUUGUAUCGAAAACCGUAAGAAAGGAAAUAUAAGGAGAAAAGACAGUAUGCUAAAUGUAUGUCUUGUUAAAAGUCUGUUUAGUAAAAAAUCUAUGUGAGAGACCAAGCCUAAUUAAAUGUCAUAAUUGUGCUGAAUUAGAAUUCUUUUCUGCGUAUUAUGGAAAAGUUUCAGUUCGCAUAAAUGCAUGCUUGGAUUAUUAAAACUAUAUAUAUUUUCACAUGUUCCGAUGUAUAACGUGUACUUAUGCAUUAUAUAUGCACUAGGUACUAAAUAAAUACGCGUCAAGUAUUAACAAAUAAAAUCUUAUUCAGAAAAUUACAAA